CCGCCUCUCCGCGACCACGCGGGGGGCACCGGCGCGGAGCGGCCGCGCCUUCAAAAGGAUGCCGUGGCCAGGGGCUGUUUCUCCCGCCUCUCCGCUUAAUGCUUUAGUUCAUUGAUGAAUUCAUCGCUCAGCAGCUGCUCCGCGAUGCGCGGUGGGCGAGCGGCGCGGCCGGAGGGGCCCCGCGGCCGCGCCCGGUGGCGCCGUGGCCGCCUCGGCCGCAGCGUGGCGGGCGGGGGCCCCUUCGCGGCCGUGCUGUCCGCGCUGCGCCGCUGCUACGCCGCGGCCGUGCCGCUGGAGACCUUCGUCUGGCGGCUGGGGCACGGCGGCGCCGGGCACGCCGAGGUGCUGCGGGCCCACGACGGCCUCGGCUACCGCACCUUCGUGAGGCAGUGCCUCGUGUGCAUGCCCCGCGGCGCCCGCGCCAUCCCGCGGCCCUUCACCUUCCAGCAGUUAUCUAGUCAGAGUGAGGUCAUCGCAAGAGUCGUUCAGAGACUGUGUGAAAAGAAGAAGAAGAAUGUCCUCGCGUAUGGAUACUCCUUACCGGAUGAAAACAGCUCUCAAUUCCCUACCCUGCCGUUUUCAAAGAUACACAGCUACCUACCCAACACUGUCACUGAAAAUCUUCGCAUGAGUGGCUUCUGGGAGACACUGCUGAGCCGGAUAGGGGAUGAUGUGAUGAUGUAUUUAUUGGAACACUGCGCAGUCUUUAUGCUAGUUCCCCCUAGUAAUUGUUACCAAGUUUGUGGCCAGCCAGUUUAUGAACUUAUUUCAUCUAAUGUAGACUCAUCCCUGGUAUUUGUUAGACAAAGGUUCUCAAGGCAUAAAUGUACUAGCUUGCUUAAAUAUGUGCGAAAAAGGCUUAAGUUUCAUAGAAAUUAUCUUUUAAAGUCAUAUAGGUGGAGAUACAGACAAAGAUGUGAAGAUAAUGUCUCCAGAAUGAGAAAUGAAGGAAAUAACGAGAGACAAAGCUUAGUGCCCCCUGACCAGUGUUCUGCAAAAGCUGUUUCUGAAGCAAGCAAAGAGAUCAGAACGCUUACUGAACAUCAGGAAAAACAGAGUAGCUCCAAUUCAUGUGUUUCAGGUAUAACUCCAUCUCUAAAAAGGAAGAUUCAUAGAAAAGAACUUGAAAUUCCAGCCAAGAGGGCAAAAAUAGGGGAGAAAGUGAGAGAUGAAAAGGCUUGUAGUCCUGUUCCUGAUGUAAACCCAAGUAGUUCAGAGAGAUCUGAAACUGGAUGUGUAGCUACAGCUACAUGUGUAGCACCACAUUCUGAAGGUGUCAUUAAAACCCCCUGUAUUUCUGAAAGAAGGAGCAGUGCUGUGUCUGGUCGUUCUUUAGUUCAUAGGACAAGAGUAGAAAUGCAUAUGUAUAUGUCUCAGUUGGCUUCAGGACAAACCAAACCCGUGGAGGGUACUUCAGGAUGCAGAGAGCAGAAAAGUGCCCAACCUCAUUCAUCAAAGAAGGUACAAAAUAGAUUCCUGAGUUCUGCAGUAUACAUUGAGAGGAAUUCUCUUCGGUAUUCUUGCAGGAGUUUCCGAGAGUGUUUUCCUAAAUCAUUUGUAUUGAAUCGCUUGCAGGACUCUCAGGCAGGUGGAAGACAGCUUCUAGAAGCUAUAUUCUUAAAGAAAAGUCAGGUUCAGCAAAGGCAUAACCAAAGUCUGCCAGAACACAAGCAGAGAAAGAAGAGGUUGCCCAAACGCUACAGGCAAAUGAGGCAUACAUUUCAGAAACUGCUAAAGAACCAUAGAAAAUGUGCUUACUUAGCUCUCUUGAGAAAAAAUUGCCCUGUUUGGAUAAAUGAAAUCACUAUGAGAAAAAUCAAGCUGUGUUGUCAGGCAGCCUUGCCUGGGGAAGCAGAGGCUCAGAAGCAAGCAGAACAGUUUAGGAAAGAGCCUGCUAAGGGUGUGACAAGCAGCAGAUGUGAAUCUGGUCGCACUGAUGUGCCAGACAACUUGGGUGCUCCCCUUGCGGAAUCUGCGCGUGGGGAGUCGCUGCCGAGUGAGGAGCAAAACCCGGGAGAGGCACGUGAUUCAGUCCUCAAAGAGCUCCUCAGGCAGCACAGCAGCCACUGGCAGGUGUACAUGUUUGUCAGGGCUUGCCUGGAGAAGGUCAUCCCCCCUGAGCUUUGGGGUUCAAACCACAACAAGUGCCGGUUCCUAAAAAAUGUCAAAGUGUUCCUUUCCAGGGGAAGGUCUAAGCUUUCGUUGCUGGAGUUGAUGUGGAGGAUGAGAGUGAAUGACUGCAUGUGGCUUCGUCUAGGCAAAGGUGAUCACUUUGUUCCUGCCGAUGAACAUUGUUACCGUGAAGAAAUUUUGGCCAAGUUCCUGUACUGGCUGAUGGGUACCUAUGUUGUUGAGUUGCUCAGAUCAUUUUUCUAUAUCACCGAGACCAUGUUCCAGAAAAACAUGCUCUUCUACUACCGAAAGUUUAUUUGGGGCAAGUUACAGAACAUUGGAAUUAGAAACCAUUUUGUCAAAGUACAGUUACGGCCUGUGUCUUCAGAGGAGAUUGAGAUGAUCCGUCAGAGAAAAAUUGUUACUAUGGCAUCAAAGCUGCGCUUUAUUCCCAAACGAAAUGGGUUGAGACCCAUAGUAAAAGUGAGCGGUGUUGUUGGACCACUAGCAAUCAGCAAGGAAAGCAGGGAAAAGAAGAUAAAUCGUUACAACACUCAACUAAAAAAUCUGUUUAGUGUGUUAAAUUAUGAGCGGACUGUAAACACCAGUUUUCUAGGCUCUUCAGUGUUUGGGAAGGAUGAUAUCUACAAGACAUGGAAGCAGUUUGUUACAAAGAUUCUUAAAGCUGGUGGUGAAAUUCCUCAUUUCUACUGUGUAAAGGCUGAUGUGUCCAGGGCUUAUGAUAGCAUUCCUCACAAUAAACUGGUGGAGGUGAUUUCGCGGGUCCUGAGGCCUGAGAAGAGAACCGUGUACUGCAUACGGCGCUAUGCUGUGAUCAUGGUCACCCCCAGUGGAAGAGCCAAGAGACUCUAUAAGAGACAUGUUUCUACUUUCAAGGACUUUAUGCCAGACAUGAAGCAGUUUGUGUCCCAGCUUCAGGAGAGUGCCUCAUUGCAAAAUGCAAUUGUAGUUGAACAGAGCUUAACUUUCCAAGAGACAAGUUCCAGCCUGUUUAAUUUUUUCCUUCAAAUGAUGCAAAACAGCAUCCUGGAGAUUAGAAACAGGUACUACUUACAGUGCUGUGGAAUUCCACAGGGCUCCAUUUUGUCAAAUUUACUUUGCAGCUUAUUCUAUGGAGAUAUGGAAAACAAAUUGCUCCCUGGAAUACAGCAGGAUGGAGUCCUAAUACGUCUCAUUGAUGAUUUUUUGCUGCUUACCCCACAUCUAAUGAAGGCAAGAACUUUUCUAAGGACUCUAACAGCAGGUAUUCCUGAGUACGGCCUUUUAGUAAACCCAAACAAGACAGUGGUGAAUUUUCCUGUUGACGAUAUCCCAGGAUGUUCCAAGUUUAAGCAGCUGCCAGGUUGUCGUUUGAUCCCGUGGUGUGGUUUGUUACUAGAUAUAAAAACACUUGAGGUUUAUUGCGAUUACUCCAGUUACGCCUGUACUUCUAUCAGAUCAAGUCUUACCUUCAGUUCAAGUGUAACAGCUGGGAAAAACAUGAAAUACAAACUGAGUGCAGUCCUCAAACUGAAAUGUCAUAGUUUAUUUCUUGAUUUACAGAUCAACAGCCUUAGAACAGUUCUCAUUAACAUCUACAAGAUAUUUUUUCUUCAGGCGUACAGAUUCCAUGCCUGUGUUCUCCAAUUGCCAUUCAGCCAAGAUGUUAGAAAAAAUCCUGAUUUCUUCCUAAGGAUCAUCUCUCGGACUGCAUCAUGCUGCUAUGCUGUCCUGAAAACAAUAAAUGCAGGGAUUGCUCAAGAUAGCAAAGGUCUAUCUGGCAUACUCCCUAUUCAGAUAGCAGAAUGGCUCUGCUACCAUGCUUUCACUGUCAAACUGUCAAAUCACAGAUCUGUUUACCAAUGUCUGCUUAAAUCCUUAAAAGUCUGUAAGAGCCGGCUAAUCAGGAUGAUGCCAGAGGAUACUGUGGCACUACUGCAGGCAGUGACAGAACCAUCUCUUUGUCAAGAUUUCAAAGCUAUCCUGGACUAAGUGGUUGAGGUUUAUUUCUUAUUUUUCCCAGGUUUGAAAGUAACUGCUAUGUCUUUAGGUGACUUCUCUGUAGUUUAUUUUGGUAGAGUGGGCCAGAAGCAAGUUCACUCUGAAGUUGUAUGUGUUUGCUUCUCAGAUACCAUACAAGGACAUAAAAAAGAGCAGACAGUUUUGUUUAAUACCUUCUUGUUGGGUUUUUUGUUUGUGGGAUGUUUUUUGUAAGCUCACGGGCAGUUUGAAGUAAUUUAUUUGGUUAUGUUCCGUGAUUCCCAUCUUCUUGACGAAGGAAUCAUUAAACUAUGUUUUGUACAAAAUUAUUUAAUGUCUUGUUUCAGUGAGUUGUCUUGAAGGGCUGUUUUUUACUUCUCUGUGAUGCAGGCUAUUUUAUAAUAAAUUGGCUGGUUAAUUGCAGUAAUCACAUUU